CUGUGAUAACAUCCACAUGCUGGUGACGGAGAGGAGCCAGAAGUGAGACUUCAAACGCAGCGCGGAGACGCCGAGACACCUGAGCCUCGUCCGCUCCUUCACUUGAUGGGCAUCGGCGCUGCUUCUUCCCCAGGACCCUGCACACCCGACUCUCUCCCCUGACCACUGCUGGAAUACCCCGCUGCCAACACCUCCACCACUCCGGGACACUCUGGACAAGAGGAUGUACUGGAGGUUUGUUCUGUCUGUCCUGCUGGCAGGCGUACUGUGUGGGGUCGUGGAGUCCAGGAAGAACCGGCCGCAGGGGUCCAUCCCCUCGCCCUACAAGGGCCAUGACAACACCUCGGACCGGCGGACGCGCAAGCAGGAGGUGCUGGCGUCCAGCCAGGAGGCGCUGGUGGUGACGGAGCGCAAGUACCUGAAGAGCGACUGGUGCAAGACGCAGCCGCUGCGGCAGACGGUGAGCGAGGAGGGCUGCCGGAGCCGCACGGUCAUCAACCGCUUCUGCUACGGCCAGUGCAACUCCUUCUACAUCCCGCGGCACGUGCGCAAGGAGCAGGAGUCCUUCCAGUCCUGCGCCUUCUGCCGGCCGCACAAGUUCACCACGCUCACCGUGGAGCUGGACUGCCCCGACCUGCAGCCCGCCUUCCGGCACCGCAAGAUCCAGCGGGUCAAGCAGUGCCGCUGCAUAUCGGUCAACGUAAGCGAGUCCGGCAAGCAGUGAGCCCGCACCGUCCCGCCUGGGGGGGCGUGGGGGGACGGGGAAACCCCCCACCACGGCCCCAUGCCCCCACGGCACCAUGGGCUGCUUCACUUCUUAUUUCUUCUUAAAGGAGAGCUCUUACGGGACUUGGUUGUAUAAACGGGGACUGAUGAGUAUGUUGCCGACGACAAGAGACAGUGAAUCCGAGCCAAAAGUGUCCGGGGGCGGGGGGGAGAGAGAGACAGUCAGACAGGGACAGUCAAUCCAUAUGCACUGAGCUGAAUGAGAUUAUUGAUGGGUGGCAAAAGAAAAAUCACACGGAAUGACCCAUCUGCAGACUCUGCUGGCCGCCACCAUAUCCAUCCCCUGCUCACAUCAGUAUAUGAACAGGCUUGUGCCUCGGCUGUGCACGCCCUGCAAAUUUAAACUCCGUCCCCACCUUGCCCAACCCGCGGAGCACCAGCCCUGUGAAGACGAACUCUGUAGGGCUGGAGGACUGCCGUUGGAGUGGGCAGGCGUGCCUUUUGCUCUCGCUCCCAACCCCCACAAUCGAAGCCACCAUUUUAUAGCGUGAGGCUGGAGGCCCGAUACAAGAGCGGUGCCGAACUGAUAGCACCUAAUGAGUCUGAUGGCGAUAAGAGUGUGCCCCCCCCCCCCC